CAGACUACGUCAAACAACCAAAAGCUCACUCGCCUCUUCCAUUAACUCGUGAUUCUCUUAUCGUUAUUUGCGGUAUCCCUCACCAUCAAAACAUUUGGUGUGAUCUCAUGGCUACAAGCUAUUGAUACGAAAGCACUUGCAUUCAUACCUGCCCGCGUGUUGCCAGACUUCAGAAUGCUUGGCUGGGUUCUCCGGAGGGGACUGGAGAGUGCAAGAGGCCAGGAAGCGGCCACAACAGGCGAUGAUACUACCAACAUCGACCAGCCCGAUACUCCCGGCCCAGUCUUUGCGGCUCGCGCAUUGAAAAGCGCCAUCUUCGGCACACCAGCUCGACCUGACGAACAUGCGAAGAUUGAGGAAAUGGUCCAGCCUAUCGCGGAAAACGACCGCGACGACGUUACGAGGACACCCUCGAGACCCCAGGGCAUUCUUUUGACGCCUGGAACUGGGGCAUCUCGUCGGAAACGAGUUUCCUUCGAUCACAACACCUUAAACAAUGGAACUUCGGCAAUCGACAAGAGCAAUGGACACACCGAUGACCCUUCAAGGCAUCCUCGCACCCUUUCCCUUCGGAAGGAUAAUCCGUCUACCAGACGCACACGGCUAACCGAAAGCCUCGAACAAUCGCGCCGAUCAAAACAUACUUCGAAGGAAGUAGACGCGCCCAGGUUGAAUGCCUCAGAAGAAGAAUGGGAAGAAGAUGAAGAGGAUGGCUUGGACGAUAAUUGCACUCACGACGUUACCCUCGACCUGAACGAGCCCCAUUCUCGAUCCGGGAAAUACUGGAAGUCCGAAUUCGAACAGUACCACCAAGAUGCCAGGACGGAGAUGGAAAAAUUGCUGAAGUAUAAGCAACUAGCCAAGUCGUACGCAAAAAUGAAAGAUGCCGAGGCACUUGAUGUCAGCGUCAAGCUCAAGGAAGAACAAGAGAGGGUCAUACAGAUGGAGAAGCAGAUCACGGAGAUGGCCGCGCACAUGGCCUCAAAACGACUUACGGGAGACGAAGGAAAUAAUUCACAUCUUAUGAAGGACCUGGCCAAGCAGACCGCUCUGGCCGUUCAAUACCGAAACCAGGUUGAAGAACUUGAAGCACUGUUGAACGCCAGAAGAGAUGACGAUGGCAGCGACCAGGAUACCAAGACACGACGACGCCGCCAAGCAGCUUCGCCACGGACACACAGGACGUUAUUGGAGACGCAGCGGGAGUUGAGACGUGCUCGAGCACAAAUCAGAGAGAAUGGGGACCUUCGCGACGAAGUUAAACGACUCAAGGCUGGUCUCCUUGCUGCGGAGCGACGUGCCACCGAACUUGAGACUGAGAAACGAGCGCUAGGCGAGGACCGUGUCCGGCCGACUUCCCAAUCGACAGAUAUGAGUGCUCAGCUGGAGGAAGCCAAGGCCGAUAUCCGCCGCAAAGACAACGAGUUACGCGCACUGAAGGAGGAGCUCCAGGUUCACAAACUGGAGGCCUCUGCGCGAGAGGAAGAAACAAAGAGGGUCCUGGACAAAGCGACGGCCAAGAUAGCAGAUCUCAAGAGAGAGAUCAAGACUCUCAAAUCUGGUUCGAUCGGUGUUCCGGUGGCCCUCGCGCGUGCCCAUUCCACGAUUGCAAGCGAACUCCCUCCACUGCGUUCCAAUGCGGAGAACCAAACAGACCGAAAAGACAGCAACUCCGUUGCACUUCAGAGCGGAAGAGGUAGCAUGGAUCUGAUCAAUUCCCUGGGGAAGAAACUCAACGAGAACUCCUCUCGCUACUCCAGAAUCAAGAGCAUCGAGAAUGCCGAGCCGAUGACAACCAAGGCCAAUGUUGCCGCAGAAGAAGGCGCCGCGAAGAAACCUCUCGCCAAUGCUCUUCGUGACAGGGUCAACCUCGAGGAGCCCCGAUGGAAGCCAUUCAUUCCCAGGUCACCGCGUAAUAGGAACGACCUUGGCCCUGAGUUGAACGAGCACAUUGAGAUCUCGGCCGGCAUCCCAUCUGGUCGCACACCCGCUCCUCUCCAUCGUUUCGCGAUCAAAGACACCGACUAUAUCGGCUCCCAGGGAGAUGAGAUGUCCCAUCUGAAUCUUCGCAAUCUCGACGCCGACGUCAUGAAAGCGAAACUGAAUAAGACGCUGCCGCCCGAAAGACGUGCUGCCGCUAUUGCUCGGAUUGAGCGUAGGAAGGCGGAAAAGAGGCGUCUCGACGCGUCCCAUAACAAGGAGAAUAUUGACGCUUAAGGAUGGCAGUUGAAAUUUCUGGAUAAUACAACCUGGAGUAUACAGUGGAGUUUGGGCGUUAGGAACAUCGUGGGAAUAGUUGUACAGAACAGUCUGUCGCAGGAGAGCCUGGCGUUUUGGUACACUCGAGCAAACAACUCCACAAGAUACUUAUGCCUGAAUUUUGAUUACUUUCUCUCUCUCUCGCUCUCUCCCCUCUCCCG